CCGGGCGCGCGGCGGAGCGGCCGCGCCUUCGCCGAGUCCCCGGGAGGGGGCAGAGCCGCCCGGAGCCGCCGCGGCCGAGCCCAGAAGCGCGCGGGCGGGCGGGUUCCCGCCGCCCUGCUGCUGCCCGACGCCCGGCGAGCGGCCGCGAUGGGGAAGGGGGCGCGGGCCCCCCGCCGCCCGCCGGGACGCAGCCCCGCGCUGCCGCUGCUGCUGCUGCCCGCGCUGGCCCUGCUCGGAGCCGCCGCGCCAGAUGAUGACUUUUUUCAUGAACUCCCAGAAUCAUUCCCAUCUGAUCCACCUGAGCCUCUCCCACACUUCCUUAUUGAGCCAGAAGAAGCUUAUAUUGUGAAGAAUAAGCCUGUGAACCUCUAUUGUAAAGCCAGCCCUGCUACCCAGAUCUACUUCAAGUGCAACAGUGAAUGGGUUCAUCAGAAGGACCACAUUGUGGACGAGAGAGUAGACGAGACUUCUGGCCUCAUCGUCCGGGAGGUGAGCAUUGAGGUCUCGCGCCAGCAGGUGGAGGAGCUCUUCGGGCCCGAGGACUACUGGUGCCAGUGCGUGGCCUGGAGCUCCGCGGGCACCACCAAGAGCAGGAAGGCCUACGUGCGCAUCGCAUAUUUACGGAAGACGUUUGAGCAGGAGCCUCUGGGGAAGGAGGUGUCCCUGGAACAGGAAGUCUUGCUCCAGUGCCGCCCGCCGGAAGGGAUCCCAGUGGCCGAGGUGGAGUGGCUGAAGAAUGAGGACAUCAUCGACCCCGUGGAGGACAGGAACUUCUACAUCACCAUCGACCACAACCUCAUCAUCAAACAGGCCCGCCUCUCCGACACGGCCAACUACACCUGCGUCGCCAAGAACAUCGUCGCCAAGAGGAAGAGCACGACAGCGACCGUCCUGGUCUACGUGAAUGGAGGCUGGUCCACGUGGACGGAGUGGUCAGCCUGUAACAGCCGCUGUGGCCGCGGCUUUCAGAAGCGCACGCGGACCUGCACCAACCCAGCCCCGCUCAACGGCGGGGCCUUCUGCGAGGGCCAGAGCGUCCACAAAGUGGCCUGCACCACGCUGUGUCCAGUGGACGGCAGGUGGACAUCCUGGAGCAAGUGGUCCACGUGCGGGACGGAGUGUGCCCACUGGCGCAGGAGGGAGUGCACAGCGCCCGCGCCCAAGAACGGGGGCAAGGACUGCGACGGCCUGGUCCUGCAGUCCAAGAACUGCACCGAUGGCCUUUGCAUGCAGAGUUUCAUUUAUCCCAUUUCAACUGAACAGAGAACCCAGAAUGAAUAUGGAUUUUCUUCCGCUCCGGACUCGGACGACGUGGCGCUGUACGUGGGGGUCGUGAUCGCCGUGAUCGUCUGCCUGGCCAUCUCUGCCGCCGUGGCCCUGUUCGUGUACCGGAAGAACCACCGUGACUUUGAGUCGGAUAUCAUCGACUCCUCGGCUCUCAACGGAGGCUUCCAGCCCGUGAACAUCAAAGCAGCAAGACAAGAUCUCCUGACCGUGCCCCCGGACCUCACAUCGGCCGCAGCCAUGUACCGAGGACCCGUGUAUGCGCUGCAUGACGUCUCAGACAAGAUCCCCAUGACCAACUCUCCCAUUCUGGACCCACUGCCCAGCUUGAAAAUCAAAGUCUACAACACACCCGGGGCCGUCACCCCCCAAGACGAGCUCUCGGAGUUCGCGUCCAAGCUGUCCCCGCAGAUGACCCAGUCCCUGCUGGAGAACGAGGCCCUCAGCCUGAAGAUCCACAGCCUCGCAAGGCAGACCGACCCGUCCUGCACUGCAUUUGGCACCUUCAACUCCCUCGGGGGACACCUCGUCGUUCCCAACUCAGGAGUAAGCUUGCUGAUUCCCACUGGGGCCAUUCCGCAGGGGAGAGUCUACGAAAUGUACGUGACCGUACACAGGAAAGAAGCUAUGAGGCCCCCCGUGGACGAGACGCAGACCCUGCUGACCCCCGUGGUGAGCUGCGGGCCUCCUGGCGCACUGCUCACCCGCCCUGUCAUCCUCACGGUACACCACUGCGCAGACCCCAACACCGAGGACUGGAAGAUACAGCUCAAGACCCAGACACCGCAGGGACAGUGGGAGGACGUGGUGGUGGUGGGGGAGGAGAACUUCACGACGCCCUGCUACGUGCAGCUGGACGCGGAGGCCUGCCACCUGCUCACGGAGGGCCUCGGCGCCUUCGCCCUGGUGGGCCAGGCCACCGCCAGGACGGCCGCCAAGCGCCUGAGGCUGGCCGUCUUCGGGCCUGUGUGCUGCUCCUCUCUGGAGUACAGCAUCCGCGCGUACUGCCUGGACGACACCCAGGACGCCCUCAAGGAGGUUCUGCAGCUGGAGAGACAGAUGGGCGGGCAGCUCCUGGAGGAGCCGAAGGCUCUGCACUUCAAAGGCAGCGCCCACAACCUGCGCCUGUCCGUGCACGACCUCGCGCACUCCCACUGGAAGAGCAAGCUGCUCGCCAAGUACCAGGAGAUCCCCUUCGCCCAGGUCUGGGGCGGCGCCCAGCGGCCCCUGCACUGCACGUUCACCCUGGAGAGGCUCAGCCUGAGCACCGCGGAGCUGGUCUGCAAGCUGUGCGUGCGGCAGGUGGAGGGCGAGGGGCAGAUCUUCCAGCUGAACUGCACCGUGUCUGAGGAGCCAGCCGGCAUGAACCUGCCCCUGCUGGACCCGGCCAACACCAUCACCACCGUGACGGGGCCCAGUGCCUUCAGCAUCCCGCCCCCCAUCCGCCAGAAGCUCUGCAGCAGCCUGGACGCCCCCCAGACGAGGGGGCAUGACUGGAGGAUGCUGGCUCACAAGCUGAGCCUGGACAGGUACUUGAACUACUUUGCCACAAAGUCGAGCCCGACGGGGGUGAUCCUGGAUCUCUGGGAAGCACAGAAUUUCCCCGACGGAAACCUGAGCGCGCUGGCAGCCGUGCUGGAGGACAUGGGAAGGCACGAGGCAAUCGUGUCGCUCGGAGCGGAAGGGCAGUACUGAGCCCGCCGGGGCUGGCAGGGAGGGGCAGGGCGGGAGCAGAGACGGGGUCUGCGUCGGUCCAGGACCACCGCUGCGCAGGAGAUCCAGACCAGACCGGUGAGCAUCCAGGCGAGGUGGCGGCAGAGGGGGCAGGAGUGCACGUCCACAGCGUCCGUGCCCGCGUUCCUGACGCCGUCCCCGGCGCGGAGAGCCAGUGUGUAAAUGUGUCCCUUGAAUUUAGAAGUCAACCGAACGUUCUUCUCAGUUGGGCUGUAUGCUGUGUGGUACAGGAUCUUACAGUUUCCUAGGAAACGCAUCUUAUUGCUAUCCAGAUCUAUGGAUAAACUUUCUUAACAAACCCGAUUUCUACAAGCGUUGUUUACACCCCGUCGGACAGGGAGACCGGCGCUGUCCAGGGCUGGUUCUAUUUUUGUUUAGAUCAUCCGGAGUGGAAGCUGUGGAUGGUUUAUCGUGUCUACUUCAGAUUAGCCGUUUAGAGAGAAACCGCAGACUUUUGCUACAGCCCCCGAGCGUCCAGGUCCCAGCUCGCCCGCGGGGGCUCUGCCUUGGAAGCUGGAAGCAGCAGGUUGUGUUUUCGGAUCAGGGAAGUGGAGAACCUUCGCGGCAGGAGCAGCCGUCUGCUGCCCUCUGGGGAGGAAGGGACAGCAGUGCAGGGAGACGAUUCUGUCAGGCCACACACACACACAGGCACCUCUGCAGCGUGUGUCUGUCACAUGCGACUUGAAGCGGUGUUUUGGAAGCAGGUCUCAUUGUGACCGUCGCUACGGAGCAUCUGCAGGUAUCCUCGUACAGGGAUUUAUUUUAGGUCCUGUUUUUAGCAGCAGUGUUAGUACUGAGAGGUCAGGCAGGCCACCUCACCUCCCGGGCAGCGUGGGGCUGGCUACCCACGUCAGCCAGCGACCCCUGGCCGCUCCCGUCACUCCAGCCCGAGAGGUGGGAAGUGCCCCCCCCCCGGCUCCCUUGGCGUUCUCUCCGCUGGCUCAGGCAGGGCCGGCCCCCGAGUCUCUAGUAAGGAGUCCUGUCCACAGGAGGCCACCUGCUGCCCUGGCCACGUGGCGAACACCAAGUGCCCGCGAACUCCCUCUACCUUAGAGGCAGCACGGUUGCGGGGACAAGCUCUGAAUUGGAAAGAAGGACACCGUUUCUCAUGCUGGCCAGUGGCUUCCUAGCUGUGCCACCACGGGGAAAAUAGCCAUCCACUGAGUCUCAGUUUCCCCACCUGCAUCAUUAGGAGCUGGUUGGUGUGGCUCUUCUCAAAGUUCCCAAAGGCGGCACUCCCACUGAGGUGCUCCCGACUUGUGCUCCCACUGGGAGACCACUGAGGACACUGAGCUGGGUAUCUGCCAGCUUGCCUUGGCCGGCCCGGGCGACGGUAUGCCUUUGAGACAGCUCCAGCUUGGGAGAAGCUCGCUUACCCCUGUAGCAUGUCCGCUAUGCUCUAUGUCCUGUUUCCGUGUCCUUGCGGCAUGCUCUUGGCUGAGAGACGGCGCACCCCUCCCCACCACCUUUCUCGUCUCUCUGGUGACCACCUGCCUUCCUGGAUAGUUGCAGAUUCUUUCCAAGUAUUGUCUGGGUCAAAAUUUUUUCUAAUUAGAAAAAGUUUAACCUGAAAUAGUUAGUCCACAGACUACGUUGUGUAAAGUAGGGUAUUCCCUGGGGCCACUGUGGUAUUCGCUUGGGCCAUUACAGGCUUUGUUUUGUUGCAGACACUCAAAAUAUUCAGCAACCCAGUAGAUGAACAACCAUGAAGAACAAACAUCCAUGGGUAUGAAUCAGAAUAUUCAACAUGCGGGUUAUAGUGUAAUGCGUCUGGGGCUAGUGACAUCCAAGUUACUGAGUGGAUCUCAAAUAGAAAUCAUUUCUUCUGGGGCUGGAGUGAUAGUACAAGCGGGCGGGCAUUUGCCGCUGCACGUGGCUGAGCCAGUUUCGAACCCCAGCAUCCUUUACCGUCCCCUGAGCCUUACCAGGAAUAAUUCCUGAGCAACAGAGCUAGAAUUAGCCCCUGAGCACUGCCAGGUAUGAUCUGAAAACAGGAAAGGAAGGAAGGAAGAAAAGAAUGAUUUCAUCUAUUUCUCUCUUCACCGAUUCUAUUGGUGACCUCUUGACACCCCGGGCCCCUCUGGUCAUCACUGAGGAGCAGUGGACAUUGUACAGCCUCGUUCCUUCAUGCUUUGCAUCUUGCCUCCUGCUCUCAGCAUCAGUCGUUACCUGCCCCUCUGGUAAGGAGGAGGCAUCUCAGUCAUGAACAAGUGCAGCGGACAGUAUUUGCACCAGUGAGUAUCUGAUCAAAGGGCAGUCAGGUUGGACUCUCCCGAAGUUUCUGAGUAGAUUUAAAGAUUAAAAAGGCAGAGAGGAGGAACGAGGGCUAUUGGCCAUUGCUGCCUCUUGAACGGCUUCUUAAAUUUGCUCCUCAUCACUGGCCGAGGACGCUGUUGUCUCUGGGAGACCAGUAGCUGGAAACCCUAAGGGGGCGCGAAAGAAGAGGGAACAGCAGAGGGAAGCACACAUGUCCCCUGGCAGGUAGGCGGGUCCCAACCUCCUGAGCUGCCCACACAGGAGCCUGGGUUAGAGUCUGACCCAGAUUCUAAGCCGUGGGGGCUCCGGGGUUCCCCGCAGACGCCCAGUUCCUGGUUCCGCUUCCAGGGGCCGGACAGGAGCCGUCGUUCCCCAUGAGGGAGGGGCUCGCCCCGGCACCACACUUUGCCCCGUUCCCCGGCUAGUGAACACACGUGUGUGCUUUCACUCAGCCGCAGGGGCCGGGGCUGUCUCAUGGGAGCCCGGGUUCGACACCGCAGUCACCUCAAGGUCCUCACUGCAGUUCUGGUGGCCUUUCUCUCGGCCGCAGGGUCACGCCAGGACUCGGAGGGUCCAGCCGACGCUCUCACGUCACCCCUCUGCCCGGCCCUGUGAGGUCCCCUGUGAGGUCCCCUGUGAGGUCCCCUGAGGAGAGGGGGCCUCUCACUUGUGCGUGGCGCCAUCUAGUGGCGGCAACACAGCCCACCCUGAGCAGAGACCCCUGGAAGCUGGCUGAGGAGCGAGUGACUCCGGGUGGGAUCGGCAGAACUCUGACGCAGGGAGGGAGACAUCUCACUUCCUCUAACACAUCGCGUGCUGCUCCCGCGUUUCUCUCAGGUGCCCGAGACUCCAGGUUCCCAUCUGAGCGUCCCCGGCCACCCAGACAGAAUCCAAGGGGUUCUGAGUCGUAGGAUUCUGCUAAAACCGAUGAGUUUGGGGGGAGCUGUCAGUCCUCACACAUUUUCCACUCGGGUCUUUAUGUGUUUUUAAUCUCCUGACUCUUAGUUCUCUGUUUUUGGAGACGUGAGAAAUGCUCAUAUUCGCUUAGAGGGAAAUGCUUUGCGUAUGCAAAUGAGGGCAGCCCCAGGACCUGAGAAAGGUGGUUGGUCGUUAAUCGAGAAAAAGGAGUCGUCCCCGUUUGUGUUCUGAGCAUUGGCAAGGGCUUUCUUCAUCCUCAUCUCUCUUUACCACACCCAUUGGCUUAAGGGAUUUAGACGGGACAAAAGCUGGGCUGUUGACUGGGUCCCUCCGUCAGCCGCAGCCAGGAGACCGCCUGGCUGGCCCACGCCCGCCGGCCGCGCCCACCAGCAGAGAUGCCCACUGGCGCUGCACUGCAGAGGCCCCUCCUCACGUGAGCAGAUCAGCCCCUCCCAGGCAGGACGGAGCCUCGGCGAGGCACAGGUGACCUGCACACAGCCGGGCCGGUUCAGACAUGCUGCUGCGGACCCGUUCUUCAGGGGGAAGCCAGAGGGAGGAGGGGAGGCCCCCGGGAGCACCCCUGAGCCGGCUACUGCGAAGCUGAGCAUUUAGACGGUGGCAUCAAGGCUUUGGUCUGGAGCAAACACCGCUGUCCUCUCCUGUACACUCACGUUGUUCCCGUAGGGACUCCGUAGUGAGCACUUUCUCUGGAGCCAUCAGCUUAGGGGAAUGGAGCAGGAAGGCGGGCCCCUCGGCAGCCUUCUCUCCUCUGUGCUCCCCAGAGGGCUGGGCCAAGUAGACCUGGGUCUGGACCCUCACAGAGAGCCCGGGAGGUGGAGAAACGCCAAGCUGAGCUUCAGUCUGCACCAAGUGUCCAUUCCAGCUCUCACUGUGCGGUUGCCACGCCAGCUGUCGUCCUCACACGGAGCCGCCAGCUCCGCUCCAAGGCCAGUGACAGAAGGAAGGACCGCGGGAACAGCCGAAGUGAAACUGGGGUUUAUGCAUGAUUUUGAGAACAGAGGAACCCUUGUGAACCAGAAUGUCAUUGCCCAAAGCCAGUUAUUGUUUGUUAAGAUGAUGAUGGUCAAUGAGUAUUAGAUUUUAUAUACCCAAUAAGGAAACUAUUUUUAUUAUUAUUAUCUCAAGGUAAUAAAGCAUUUUUUACCUUUUGAGUGCCUCAUAGGACCAAUGAUUACACGGUUUGUUUUUGUAUUCUUCUUUUUAACCUUACUGAACUGUUAACUGAAAUCCAUAGAAUUUUGUGUCUGUGCAAAGAAGUGCUAUUUCUCUACCCUACAAAAUUCUCUUUGUAUAAUCCCUCGCUGUAUGUCUCCCUUUGAAGAUUUCCCUUACAUUUCUAAUGAAUUUUUUAAUGGAAUAAAGCUUAACAGGAGUA